AUGGACAAAUUUGUUAUCAAAAAAAAAAUUAAGUUGCAUGAAACCCAUGAAAGUGUCACAUCAACAGAAGAAGUGGAUACUUUAACUCCAAGUUUGUCGUUCAAUAGUUUAUUGACUUCUGCUUCGACGAGCUCAAUAGAAUCGCAACGUAUUAUUAAUGAUAAUAAUGAUACUACUACUUCAUCGGAAAGUUAUGAUAUUGGUAACUAUAUAGACCACAUAUAUUCUAUUAAUGAUUUUACUAAAUUUAUGAUUCUUAAAAAUCAUUGGGUCCCUCCAAAACAUUAUAUAUUUCCUUUUUCUGUACAUAACAAACGCAAUAGAGAAGAAAAGCGACGUCCUAAUCAUCAGCAUUUAUCUAAUUAUUCUUGGUUAGUUUAUUCCGAUGUGAAAAAAGGACUUUUUUGCAAAAAUUGCGCCAUUUUUACUAAUGAUAUUCUAGUAGGUGGUCAAAAAACAAUAUCUGUUAAAAAAUUGGUGACAGAACCCCUUAUAAAAUUUGCUAAUUUAUUAGGAAAACAUGGAGACUUAGACUGCCAUUCUCAAACUCAGUAUCAUAAGUUGGCAAUAGUUAAAAGUGAAUCAUUUAUUCAAGUAUAUAAAAAUCCAUCUUAUGAUAUUCGGAAUCAGGUUGAAACUUCACGUAAACAACAGGCUAUUGAAAAUAGAGAAAGACUUGUUCCAAUAAUAAAAACUUUAAUUUUACAUGGACAACAGAAUAUACCUAUAAGAGGCCAUCGUGAUGAUGGUUCAUUACUUAAUACAAAUAAUAGUCCUGUUGCAACUGAAGGAAAUUUUCGUUCAUUACUAAGAUUCCGAAUAGAUAGUGGGGAUAAAGUUUUGGAAAAUCAUUUAAUGACAGCUAAAAAUAAUGCUACUUAUAUUAGUAAAACAUCAACAAAUGAGUUAAUAAAUCAUUGUGGUAAUGAAGUUCUUUCUAUUUUAUUAAAUAGAAUACAUAAGGCAAAAUAUUACUGUGUUUUAUUUGAUGAAACAACUGAUGUAUCUCACAUAUCCCAACUUAGUAUAUCAAUUAGAUAUAUUUAUGAAAAUACAGUCAGAGAAGAUUUUAUUGGUUUUGUUGAUCUUUAUAAGGACAAUUAUAGUGCAGAUGCUCUUGAUUUGGAUAUAGAUAAUGAAAGUAACACAUUAGAUUUACAACAGUCAGAACCAACUAUUACAGGAGAAAUACUUGGUUCAACAGUUGUAAAAAAGUUGAAAAGUGUGGGACUAGAUUUAAAAUUAUGUGUAGGAAUCGGUUGUGAUGGUUGCAGUGUUAAUAUGUCGACAAUAUGUGGAGCAGCAAUUACUAUACAAAAAUCUGCCAAGAAUGCUUUAAUAUGUCCGUGUUUAAAUCAUUCAUUGAAUAAUAAUUUAUCUAGAUCAAAUAAGAUUCAAAGUCUGACUAGUCACUGCAUAACUCGCUGGAUUGAGAGGCAUGAUUCUGUAUUACAAUUUAUAAAUGACCUUCCAAUUAUAUUGAAAAGUUUAACUGAAAUUUCUACAUGGUAUGAUAUAUCUACUUCAUCAAAAGCCAAUUCAUUGUGUAAAACUAUACAAGACAGUGAAUUUGUUAUGUGUAUUUUCUCUUUAAAUGACAUAAUGUGUCUAACACGACCUUUAAGUAUAUUACUCCAAACUAAAAAUUUAGACCUUUUUUCUGCUACUACUAAAAUAAAAGAACUUAGAGAAGUACUAAGUACAAAACGAAACGAUGCAAAUCAGUGCUUUAAUAUUAUAUAUAAUAAUGUUGUUGAAAUGAUGUCAAAAUUAGGCACUGAACUAAAACUUCCAAGGACUACUAAAAGGCAGACUUACAGAAAUAAUAUUGAAGUCAACCCAGAAGACAGUCAAGGUUACUGGAGAAUAUCAAUUUAUAUUCCUAUUUUAGAUGAAGUAAUAAAAGAUUUUGAUAAUAGGUUUUCUAGUGAUAAUAUGCAAUGCUUUAAUCUUAAUUUUUUGAUGCCAUUGAAUCUCAUGAAAUGUUUCAAAAACACUGAACAGUUAAAUCAAUCAAUUAAAGACAUUUCUAAUCAAUAUAGUGAGUUAUUUGGUGAAUCUAUAUUUUCUAUUGAACAAAAACUAAAAGGAGAAUUAAAUCUAUUUGAAAAUAAAUUAAAAUCAGAUACUGACCUCACAACUAUAACAUCAGCUAUAACAUUUCUAGACAAGCUUGAUUGUGACUAUUUUCCAGUAUUUUCUUUAUUUAUUAAAAUUCUAAUCACUCUCCCAAUAUCUAUUGCUACAGCAGAAAGAAGCUUUUCUUCUCUACGUUUACUAAAAACAUGGUUAAGAUCUAGAAUGAGCGAAGAAAGGUUAACUGGUCUAGCUUUAAAGUUUGACGAAAAAUCGGAAGACCAAUACGUAGACAUCGAUUUUGCAGAAUAUAUUGUGAAAGCAAUUUGCGUACUCCACAAUUAUGUAAGAACACGAGAUAGCUGCAGUUAUGAGGAUACAUUUUUUACAGCACCCCUAUCAAAUUUAACUGGAGCUACAACUGGAUGCGUUAUACGAGUAGCAGAUAAUGUUCGAGCCAAAUGUAUGGAUUAUUUCACUAAUGAAGGAAGUGUCGAAUGGCAAAACCGUAUGAUAUAA